CGUUUUGGAAAGCAGCUGUGGACUCUCAGGGAUAGGCAGGAACGAAGACCCCCUCAGGGUCCGAGUGUCGCUUCCCACAGUUAGAUUACCCGUGAAUUUCCUUGCUUCUGUAGGUCUCAAGAAUCUCAUGAGCCCCCAACCACCUCCACCUUUCUCUCUGAAUCUCUUUCCUCUCUCUGAAAUUUUUAGCAAAAAUAAUCUGUCCUCAAGGAAUAUUGAAAGCAUCAUCAAUGUCUUGAAGGAAAUUACUGUAUCUGAGAACUGAAACUAGUAUUUGAUGUUUCGCUUUCAAAUACAUUUUUUUUUGAAUAAAAAGGAUACCUUUAGGUAAAACACUACCACCACUAUUUAAGUUAAAGUAGAUUUUUAAUUCAUAUUAAGCAGUAGUGUGCUUUUUGGAAAGAUGAUGGACUGGGAAUCAUAAUCCCUGGGUUUGGUUUCUAAUUGUAGUUUCUUGAGUAAGUCAGCACUUUCCCUGGUUGAGAAAUGACCUCAUCUGUAAAAUGAACCUGACUUCUAAGGUCCUGUUCGGCUCUCACGUCUUUACUUCAGUUAAAUAUUGACAUAAUACAUGUUUGUUGAAUGAAUGACUGAAUGAAUAAAUCUUAUUGCUCUAGGAACUAUGUGCUUUUAACCUUUCGAAAUACAUAGAAACAAAUGCCUCCUUUGCUAGGAAAGGGAGCUUAAUUGUGCUCCCACUGCAUCAGGCUGCUUCCAUCUAAUGAUGCAAUUGCAAUACAGAGUGGGAGGCCAUCCGCAGGGCUGUCCCUCUGCCUCAGAACUCAUCUCAAGUUUGCCCUUCUCUAUGGAGAAGGAAAAUUUGAGUCUCCAGAAGGAAAGUAUUUUGCUAAACGCCAAGCAAGCAUUAGAGGGUAGGGGGCUCCUGAUGCCUGGUCCAAGGCUCUUAGAAGAAGAAGAAGGAGAAAGGGAGAAAGCUCAAGAAAAUAAUGCACAGAUCACCAGCUACAGGUUGCCGUAGUGCCUAAGUUUAUCAACUACCCCCGCCCUUCCUGAAGAGAAAGGAGCUUGCAUAAAGGGAACAACCCUAGGACCUAGGACCUAGGCUUAACAAGGAAGGAGAAGGGGAGAAGCAGGGGUCGUUCUGUUCUCAAGUGGUUGGUUAUAUCUGUGUGUUUAUCUGUUCUACAUUUGGCCAGGCAGUGGGACUCCGGGAAGGCAAGCUGAAGUGUUUUGUGGGACAGGCACAUCAUGUGGUCAAUUCCUUUUCCCUGGUUAUUUGAUUCCCUCCUUUUCCUGACCCAUCUCCCCCUUCCCACCAGAGGCAACCAAGGCCUUCCCAGGCAACAGCAGACAUUAUUUACCCCUUGCAAAUUGAUGCCACAAUGGAAGACUCUUGGGUCCAAGGAGCUGUAAGAUAAUUAAGGAGAAAACAGAUAAUGAAGGCAAAAAUCCAACACUUGGCCAUUAGCAAUGCUCUGGAAAGGCUAUUUAAACCCGCAUUGGAUAUCAGAGCUGGGAGGGCCCAUACAGUCUACCUACGUGCCUUUUGCAGAUGGAGACAGGAAGAUCCAGAAGCUAGUGGCACAUCUAGCAACAGAGCCAGAUCAGAACCCAGGUAAGCUCGGUCUUAGGCCAGGAUUCCUUUUACAUCUCCUCUCUUUCUCAGGAGCCAGUCUUCCUGCACCAGCUUCCUCUUUUCUCCUAGCUCCCCUGCCCCUGCAGCCUGGAGGGCUCAACCACCCUUCCUUUGGCUCCCACUCCCAGCUGAGGCUCAGCCUGGCAGUGCUUUUUCUGACACCCACUUCUUUUCUCCUUCCUCCAGGCAAGAAGUGCACGUUUAAACCUCAUUAUCUGGCUAAGUAUAAACCUCAGGGAGAAAAGCGUUUUGUUUUUGUUUUUCUCAGUUUAUAAGCUAACACUGAGCUGACUUUCAGAGUCCAGACAAAUAUCUGUCUGGUGGGUCACCACCCAGAAAGGAAUUCUCUUAGCACUGAAUCAGGGCUCUGUAUGUAAAGUAUAAAUCCCCUAAGAGAACUCCUCACCCUCCUACACAGACACAUUGGUGCAUGCACACACACCCCACUCUCUGCACAGAGAGCAUCUGAGCUAGGAGCUGGCAAGUGGGGCACCAGUCCUGUAGCAAAGAGGCACACCACAUACACACACACACUCUCUCUCUCUCUCACACACACUUCUCCCUUGCUUGGGAAUCUGGGAGAAGAACCCCCCAGCCCCACCCCUGCCCUCCAUAGGCAUUGUGUAGAUGAGAGAAAGAGGGAGGAGUGAAAGAGAACACAUAGAGGGGCCCAAGGAGGUGCCAGCCCAUUAGCAGGGCUCCUCCUUGAGAAACCCCUCUGCAGGAGCUUCUCCUGCCGCCAGCCAGGUUGGAGGUGGAGUAGUUCAGAAUCAACUGAUGCAGCCGGGAAUUGAGCUUUGCAAAGCCACUUGCAAGGAAGGGAAGCAUCUGCCCAACCCUCCCCCACCGCGCGCCCUGGAUCCUCUGCCUGCCCCCUCCCCCGUGACGUCACCCUAGUCCUGUCCCGGGGAGCCUGCAAAGCCUCUCAGAUUCAAACUGCUAGACGCACUGCUGCCACCGCCACCGAAUUGGAAACGCGCGCCCAGGCUCCAUCGUCGCCUUCGCCCGCCGACCGGGCCAGCCGGCUCUCCGACCUCCCUACAGAAUCGCACCCCAGUCCCUCCCUGGCAGCUCGGCUUCCCUCCGCUCCAACUCUUCUCUUCCGCUCCUGCCUCCUGUCGGAUUUUUAAUUUCUGCGCACCUCCAGUCAAAUUAAAUCAACCAACAAAAAGCAGGGCAUCCCCCCUGGAAGCAGCGUCUUAUUUUACCUUGUUCUCCCACUUCCUGAGGAUGCUAAACUCCUGGUGGACUGCAGAGGAGAGGGGUUCAGUCUUCUCCUGAUGUCGAUUGCGAUUUCUGCUGGGAGCUCAAGACGAGCGAGCUGCCCGAGAUCUCUUCGAGACACCCCAGGGGAGGAGGAGAUGGGCAGGAUUUAGUAGGACAACUCGGUUACUAAUGACUUGGCGGCUGGCUGCGACCCCCCGGGAAAUCAGGUGCAAGCAAGUGUGUUCCCGGGGCGCGUGUGUGGGUGGCCUCGGGGUGGGGGAAUAGGGAGCGGAGAAAAGAAACCGCUUUGAAAAAGGCAAUGAUUUCAUUCUGCCGUGUUGCUAACCCCCUCAUUCUCCCUCGCUCCCACUCCGCCUCCUUGCUUUACCAUUUUUAAUCGGGCUUCCUUGUUUCUUUCCUCCCUGCACCCGCUUCUUCCCCUGCCCCCACCUAAGGUUUGCCUGUAGGUACCUGAGUUGACACCGAAGGUGCCUAAAGAUGCUGAGCGGCGUUUGGUUCCUCAGUGUGUUAACCGUGGCCGGAAUCUUACAGACGGAGAGUCGCAAAACUGCCAAAGACAUUUGCAAGAUCCGCUGUCUGUGCGAAGAAAAGGAAAACGUACUGAAUAUUAACUGUGAGAACAAAGGAUUUACAACAGUUAGCCUGCUCCAGCCCCCCCAGUAUCGAAUCUAUCAGCUUUUUCUCAAUGGAAACCUCUUGACAAGACUGUAUCCAAACGAAUUUGUCAAUUACUCCAACGCAGUGACUCUUCACCUAGGUAACAACGGGUUACAGGAGAUCCGAACGGGGGCAUUCAGUGGCCUGAAAACUCUCAAAAGACUGCACCUCAACAACAACAAGCUUGAGAUAUUGAGGGAGGACACCUUCCUGGGCCUGGAGAGCCUGGAGUAUCUCCAGGCCGACUACAAUUACAUCAGUGCCAUCGAGGCUGGGGCAUUCAGCAAACUUAACAAGCUCAAAGUGCUCAUCCUGAAUGACAACCUUCUGCUUUCACUGCCCAGCAAUGUGUUCCGCUUUGUCCUGCUGACCCACUUAGACCUCAGGGGGAAUAGGCUAAAAGUAAUGCCUUUUGCUGGCGUCCUUGAACAUAUUGGAGGGAUCAUGGAGAUUCAGCUGGAGGAAAACCCAUGGAAUUGCACUUGUGACUUACUUCCUCUCAAGGCUUGGCUGGACACCAUAACUGUUUUUGUGGGAGAGAUCGUCUGUGAGACUCCCUUUAGGCUGCACGGGAAAGACGUGACCCAGCUGACCAGGCAAGACCUCUGUCCCAGAAAAAGUGCCAGUGAUUCCAGUCAGAGGGGCAGCCAUGCUGACUCCCACGUCCAAAGGCUGUCACCUACAAUGAAUCCUGCUCUCAACCCAACCAGGGCUCCGAAAGCCAGCCGGCCGCCCAAAAUGAGAAAUCGUCCAACUCCCCGCGUGACUGUGUCAAAGGACAGGCAAAGUUUUGGACCCAUCAUGGUGUACCAGACCAAGUCUCCUGUGCCUCUCACCUGUCCCAGCAGCUGUGUCUGCACCUCUCAGAGCUCAGACAAUGGUCUGAAUGUAAACUGCCAAGAAAGGAAGUUCACUAAUAUCUCUGACCUGCAGCCCAAACCGACCAGUCCAAAGAAACUCUACCUAACAGGGAACUAUCUUCAAACUGUAUAUAAGAAUGACCUCUUAGAAUACAGUUCUUUGGACUUACUGCACUUAGGAAACAACAGGAUUGCAGUCAUUCAGGAAGGUGCCUUUACAAACCUGACCAGUUUACGCAGACUUUAUCUGAAUGGCAAUUACCUUGAAGUGCUGUACCCUUCUAUGUUUGACGGACUGCAGAGCUUGCAAUAUCUCUAUUUAGAGUAUAAUGUCAUUAAGGAAAUUAAGCCUCUGACCUUUGAUGCUUUGAUUAACCUACAGCUACUGUUUCUGAACAACAACCUUCUUCGGUCCUUACCUGAUAAUAUAUUUGGGGGGACGGCCCUAACCAGGCUGAAUCUGAGAAACAACCAUUUUUCUCACCUGCCCGUGAAAGGGGUUCUGGAUCAGCUCCCGGCUUUCAUCCAGAUAGAUCUGCAAGAGAACCCCUGGGACUGUACCUGUGACAUCAUGGGGCUGAAAGACUGGACAGAACAUGCCAAUUCCCCUGUCAUCAUUAAUGAGGUGACUUGCGAAUCUCCUGCUAAGCAUGCAGGGGAGAUACUAAAAUUUCUGGGGAGGGAGGCUAUCUGUCCAGACAGCCCAAACUUGUCAGACGGAACCAUCUUGUCAAUGAAUCACAAUACAGACACACCUCGGUCGCUUAGUGUGUCUCCUAGUUCCUAUCCUGAACUACACACUGAAGUUCCACUGUCUGUCUUAAUUCUGGGAUUGCUUGUUGUUUUCAUCUUAUCUGUCUGUUUUGGGGCCGGUUUAUUCGUCUUUGUCUUGAAACGCCGAAAGGGAGUGCCGAGCGUUCCCAGGAAUACCAACAACUUAGACGUAAGCUCCUUUCAAUUACAGUAUGGCUCUUACAACACUGAGACUCACGAUAAAACAGACGGCCAUGUCUACAACUACAUCCCCCCGCCUGUGGGUCAGAUGUGCCAAAACCCCAUCUACAUGCAGAAGGAAGGAGACCCAGUAGCCUACUACCGAAACCUGCAAGAGUUCAGCUAUAGCAACCUGGAGGAGAAAAAAGAAGAGCCAGCCACACCUGCUUACACAAUAAGUGCCACUGAGCUGCUAGAAAAGCAGGCCACACCAAGAGAGCCUGAGCUGCUGUAUCAAAAUAUCGCUGAGCGAGUCAAGGAACUUCCCAGCGCAGGCCUAGUCCACUAUAACUUUUGUACCUUACCUAAAAGGCAGUUUGCCCCUUCCUAUGAAUCUCGACGCCAAAACCAAGACAGAAUCAAUAAAACCGUUUUAUAUGGGACUCCCAGGAAAUGCUUUGUGGGGCAGUCAAAACCCAACCACCCUUUACUGCAAGCUAAGCCGCAGUCAGAACCGGACUACCUCGAAGUUCUGGAAAAACAAACUGCAAUCAGUCAGCUGUGAAGGGAAAUCAUUUACAACCCUAAGGCAUCAGAGGAUGCUGCUUCGAACUGUUGGAAACAAGGACAUUAGCUUUUGUGUUUGUUUUUGUUCUCCCUUUCCCAGUGUUAAUGGGGGACUUUGAAAAUGUUUGGGAGAUAGGAUGAAGUCAUGAUUUUGCUUUUGCAAGUUUUCCUUUAAUUUUCCUUUAAAUUAUUUCUCUCUCGCUCUCCUCCCCUCCUUUUUUUUUUUUUUUUUUUUUUUUUUCUUUUUCCCUUCUCUUCUUAGGAACCAUCAGUGGACAUGAAUGUUUCUACAAUGCAUUUCUUCGUAUAUUUUGUUUAUGGUUUUGUUUCUUUUUUCUUCUUUGUUUUUCAGUGUGGGAGUGGGAAGAGGAGAUUAUAGUGACUGAAGAAAGAAUAGGCAAACUUUUCAAAUGAAAAUGGAUAUUUAGUGUAUUUUGUAGAAGAUCUCCAAAGAUCUUUUGUGACUACAACUUCUUUUGUAAAUAAUGAUAUAUGGUAUUUCCAUCGUCAGUUACCGAGUAUAGCCACUGGGUAUCACUACUUUGUGUUAAAGUGCCUUCGCACUUUAAGUACAUUACUUAAAUGUUGCUUUUAGCUUUGAUAAAUUGAAAAUAUUUUAAUGUGUUGUAUUUUUGAAAUUGAAAACACUGUAAAAUAGAUUGAUGUGUCAGCUGUAUUAAGUCAACGUACAGUUUGCUUGAGUUAUAGAAACCAGCCUGUCAUCAAAUGAUUCUAGUUCUAGGACUUUGUAGGCUUAACUAUAAAAUAUUUCCUUUCCUCUGGGUUUAAGUGAUUUUAUUUAAGCCAACUAAGGGGAUUUAACAGUGGACUAGAGGUAAUAAGCCACCUCAGUCAGGAUUAAUAAUUCAUUAAUAAAAUAUAUUUAACCCAA